AAAAACGUCGAUAGAUUGUUCGAAUGCAUCAAAUCAGCUCUAGCUGUGCAACUUGCAAUUGUCUGUAAAUCGUGUUUUCUCGUUUGAAAAGCAAAUUUCGUUCAAAAUGUUAUCAAAAGUGAUUUUCCUUACCGUUCUCAUCGCCGCCGCUUGUUCAGCUGAAGAAGCAAAAGCAGAACGUUAUCCAGCCAACGUAGACCCUGAAUUGUGUCCAGACUACCCGAACUGUAACAAUGAUUUAUUGCAUCCAACUGCAAAAGUCAGCGUUUUCGAGGAGGCGAAACCAGACCGCUAUCCAGCCAACGUAGACCCUGAUGCAUGCCCCGGAUAUCCAAACUGUGACAACGCAUUAUUGCACGGAACUGAACAAAUCGCUGUUCUGCCAACAGUUCAUAAAACAUGGGUCCCUGGCAACCGUUACUAUACCGUCAACGAUGUAACACACGUUGCUGAUGAAUAUAUACCAGCUAGCCGUUAUGUCAUUCCAUCAUAUACCGCUCCAAUUGUGCGUUAUGCUUCUCCAUAUAUUUCGGCCGUUCCAGUUGCCAAAUAUGCAACUUUGCCCGGAUUCUCACCGAAAUUGUUCUUUGCCAACUACUAAAUUUUGAAGAGUUUUCAACCACUCCAAAUAUGAUUUUGCCUGAAUCGAACUUUUUUUUGUUAAAAAUUGUACUUAAUAAAGAAUAAUUGUACCGAACAUGUACUUCGUUUGA